AUGAUUUGCCAUGCCCUAGUCUCGUGCCAUGCGGAUGGAGUAAUCCGUCUAUUUAGUCUUUACCAACCAAACUGCCUGCUUGAGUGGAGUAUUUGGUCAUCUUGCAUUGAGUCUGUCCGACCUUCUCACCACCAUUUGUCCAGUCUCGGGGCUACAUCUUCUCAACUCAGCCUUACAAAGCUGCUAUGGUCACCAUCUCGUCACUCCUUGGUCUACGCCCUCUUUGAGUCAGGCCAUCUGAUAGCCUGGGACCUGGAUCCGGGUGAAGACGAAGAGGAAUCCGAUAUUCUGCCCGCCAGACUUGCUCCCAAGGGUGCACUGCUGGUCAGAUCGCCGGACGCAGAGAAGGCAUCUGACACUCGAGACUGUUCUGGACAAUUGGUAGACUUUUCUUCGGCUGUUUACCUGCGUCGAAAGGCCAGCAAUGGCGUCCUCGAAGAUGGGGACGACGGGGACAGUGAGGAUGAUAACAGCCUCAAUGGACCCGAUGACGUUGUUGAUACUGCCGCUGCUGUAGAUGCUGAUGAGAUAAAAGAAGACGAAAAAGAUUCGGCUCAUCGUGUCUCCAGGCGCCGUGUGCCUGGUUCAAGUUGUGUGGUUAGCGCGUCUGGUAGGCAUAAACCCUAUCGAGUUGAGGCUCUGGCGGUGGUACGAGCAGAAGAGGUGGUAGUGCACUGGUUGCGCAGCAUUUCGCCAGUUGAGGCUUCCUGUCUGUCUGCCAGACUUAGACAUGGACCAGAAGAAAUCGACAAUGGAGAUGUUUCCAAGGCGCACCAACUACGGCAUGGACGUGGUGCUGGUGUGGGAGGAGAAGGAGGAGGAGGAGGAGAAGGAGGAGGAGGAGGAGACGAGAGGAGAUUUGCCAAAUUUCUGCACCAACUACAAAAUAUCUCACCUUUCGGGGACGAUCUUGCCUACUCUAGAGAGCCUGAUGGCUGUUGA